AUGGUUGACUUGCAUAAUGACAUGGUGGACCCCAUGCCCAAGACAGAACCUAUGCCAGAUGGUUCAAUCAGCUCCGUCUCAACUCCUGAUCCGGAGGUGGAGGCGUUGAUUCAUGAUCCUGCUCAGACACAGAAGCGCAAAGGUGGUCGCAAACCUAUCUAUGCCACCUCCGAGGAACGUAAGCAGCGCAACAGACAGGCCCAAGCUGCAUUUCGUGAACGUCGGACCGAGUAUAUUCGUCAGCUAGAGACCACUAUCAAGCACAAUGAGAACUCUCUACAGAGCCUACAACAAAGUCACCGCAGCGCGGCAGACGAGUGUCUGAUGCUUCGAUAUAAGAACUCAUUGCUGGAGAGGAUAUUGCUGGAAAAGGGAAUCGACGUGCAAGCAGAGUUGCGCCUGAAGACAGGCGCACCGGGCAUCCCAGCCAAGACAAAUGCCAUUCACAAACCUGGGCCCAAUCGUCCGAGACACCCAACCAUGACCAAACCCGAUGCCUUCAUGUCCCAGCGCGAGAGUGCAUAUGCAAUGCCGUCCCCGCAGUUCCAAGCAACGCCAACUUCCCAGAUCUCUUCGCCAUCUCACACCAACCAUACCAAAUCUCCCGGCUUUGGCUUCCAGAGCGCCCUGUCACCUAUAGUGGACUCGCAACCUGGACGGCCACAACUACACCCUCAGCCUCGAUCCUUCAAUAAUCACACAUCACCACCUGCCAUCAGCAUACCACACUCCGACCCGAGUGAGCACAAAUCGCGAGGCCCUCGAGGGGGACAGCGCAUUGCAGCGACAUACUAUCCAUCUCCAUUCCAAAAGCAAUAUGAUCAACUUGAACACGAAUACGAUGCGCAAGCGGAUACGGUAGACGACGAGCACGACGGCCAGGUGAACCAACCUUACGUCGGAUUUACACCACAAUCAGCUUCAUCUGUAUCUCAUUCAGGCUUCAAUGCUUCGGAUGGCGGUCCCGAAUACCCAAACCAUAUCAUGGCUCAGUAUGAGCCCAUGGUGGACGCUGAUCCAUUCGGACUCAGUGCCAGCAUGCAUUUCCCCACGCCAUUCAACUACGAGCAGAAUAAUUCUCGUGGUUAG